AUGGCGGCAGAUUUGAACUUGAGAGAUUCGGCCUUGUUGUCAGACGACGAUGACCUUCUUGUUUAUAGUUUAGAAGAUGUGAAACCAUCAUCGUCAACCUUUGACCCAACUUACAAUCGUUUCAACAUAAAUCAGAUAACAGAUGAGCAAGCCAAAGUAAUGUUUCGGUUUACGAAAGAGCAAAUCACACAAAUGGUCGUUGCUCUAGGUAUCCCACCUGUGUACAAAGCAGCUGAUAGGUCUAUCGUUACUGGUCAUGACGGGCUGCGUAUGCUGCUGCGACGUUUGGUUUAUCCAAAUAGGCUUUGCGAGUUAGACAAAGAGUUUGGAAGGCCCAAAAGUGUUUUGUCCGCAAUAAUCACAACAGUCCUUGAAGAUGUCUAUUCGCGCUUUAGAACGAAGUUCACUGGCCUGGAUGCCCAUCCAUGGAUGACCAUAGCCACCAUUCGUCACUUCGCAGAUGCUGUCCACGAGAAGGGAGCUGCUCUUAGGAAUUGUUGGGGGUUUAUAGAUAGUACACCUAGGCCAAUUUGCCGACCAACAGUCAACCAAAGGCUAUGCUUUAGUGGACAUAAAAGGGUGCACUGUCUUAAGUUCCAAUCCGUUGUGGCUCCGAAUGGUCUCAUCGUUAAUCUUUACGGUCCUGUUGAGGGACGUAGACAUGAUUCAGGCAUGCUGAGAAUGAGCAACCUAUUGGCGGAGUUGGUUAGGGUCAACUACAGGUUGAUUGAUAACACACCUAUGUGUCUCUAUGGGGAUCCGGCUUAUCCCAUCAGGGAUCAGCUUCUAGCACCAUUCAGGGGUGCCGUUGUGACUGACGAGCAAAGGGCUUUCAACAAAAGCAUGAGUGCCGUACGUGAAUGUGUGGAAUGGCAAUUUGGAAAAAUUGUGUUGAACUUCGCUUUCUUGGACUUCAAAAAAAACUUGAAACUGUACCUCCAGCCUGUUGGCAAAUUGUACAUGGUAGGGGCUUUGUUUUCAAAUUGCCACACCUGUCUGAAUGGCUCGGUCACUAGCACGUAUUUCAGUGUUGACCCACCAGCACUGGAAGACUACUUGACCUUGCAAUAG